CUCUCCUCUGACCAUCAUGGCCAGCAGAAAAUACGCCAAUGUCUCCUGGCUUGAUAUAGGCCAACUCUGCUUCACCUUCUUGAGGAUUCCUUUUGUUGUCGGAUGGAAUGCGGUCAGAUUUCUGUUCACAAACCCACCUUUCAGAGGAAUUGGGCGCAACGUGUCCAUUUUGGGCAUGAAGUUUUUCCUAUCGCACUCGUCACUGCCACAACUUCAAUAUGUGGGCGGUACGACACUUGGAGUGUACAAGACAUGGGCGAAAAAGAACAAACUUCCGAUUACGGUUGAGGAACUUGUCGAAGAUACCCGGUUGCUGUGGGUGGGGCCGAAGCAGACGAAGCGUGUCGUUCUCUACUUCCACGGCGGCGGGUAUAUACUCCCCCUCCAGGACCUUUCACUCAGUUUCUGGAGAUACGUUCAGCUCGAGCUUCAAAAACGGGAUUGUGACGUUGGCUUUGCCAUUCUCAACUAUUCCCUGUAUCCAGUCGCUUCAUUUCCUACUCCAUUGUGUCAAGCAACGAUUGUGUUAGACCAUCUCCUUGCACUUGGUGUGCACCCAAGCAACCUCCAAAUUGUCGGCGACUCGGCAGGGGGCAACCUCAUUCUGCAACUCAUCUCCAACCUCCUCCACCCGCUCAAUCCCUCAACCAAGAUUCACACACCCUUAAAGGCCCCCAUUCGCGGUGUUUAUCUGAUGUCACCUUGGGUUCACAUCCAUACGGAUGAUGCAGCCUACUCGACAAACCGCGAUUCCGACUUAUUAGCACCUUCCUUCGUCUUAGCAUUCGGCCACGCCAUUAAGGAUGACGUUUCUAUCAGUCAAUGCCCGUACCUUCAACCUUCCUCUGCGCCAAGCUCGUGGUUCGACGACAUCCAUACUGUUGUGGACCGGAUAUUACUUACUGCUGGAGAUGUGGAGAUGUUCAGAGACGACAUCACCCAUUUCUCGCGGGUUCUGGCGAAAGGAAAGGGGCAUUUCAGAUAUGUGUUGCAGGAGCAUGGUAUUCAUGAUGAUCCGUUCUACGACUUUAUGUUCAGUGAGACACCACCCGCACAGGAAUUGGGCACCCUCACCCCUCUCAUCAUCGAUUGGCUGGAAAGUGGGUUCAGUCUUGUUGACUCCGAUACGUAAUCCGUGUUGCUGAAGCUUGACUUUGUUAACGUACCAAUUAUUCACUACAUUGAGGUGCUGAACGAAGGACGCCAUUUUCACGCUUCCAUUAUAUUUCUUUUACGACAAGAUGCAGGCACGUCUGUUUUCUGGCCGAGUUAUCCUUGAUACUGCCAACAUUUAAAGUAGUCGUUAGGCUCGUAGUCCAGCCAAAGCCGUGCACGGGAGUACCAAUUUCAUAAAUGUUUUC